GUUGACCAAUCACAGGGAGAGAAAUGACGGCGAGUCUUCCAGCAAACCCUCUUCUGUAAUCCCCGUUAGCUUUGUUAAUUGGUUAUUUGAUCAAGAUCACUGGAUUUAUAUAGCACAGACAGCCCAAGAUACGAUAUUUGUUGGAGACACUGAAAGAAGGGAAGUGAAUUCAUUUAGCGUGAUGUAAUAUCUUAGAUUUAGAAGCGUAUGCGGGCAUGUGUGAUAAGCCGCUUUGGGUAGUGCAGAGCUACCUGCUGCCUGUGCAUGCAGCUGUCAUCGCACCUAGCUGGUUAGCUUAGCUGCAUAGGUGCGCUAACGACCGCUCCGGGCUAAUAGACUGUUAGUACAGUCAAAUCAGCAGUCGCUUUUUGGAGUUUAGAGUAGACCAGUGUUUCCCUUCUUGACGCCAAAACGUUAGUUAAGACACGUUCUGGUCCUGCCCUUUUCGGACAAAGCGUUAGCCCGGACAACCUGCUUUGUCUUUUUCGGAAUACUUUGAAGUCCAGUUUGUCAGCGAGCGUUAAGCUAGCUGCUGUCAUUCAGUCAAAGACAGCUACCUCAUCAGCCACCACCUCGGUCGGGGACCGAUUGUUCCUAAUUCACGACAGACUUUCUUUUGUGUUUUAUACACUUGGAUAUCGGAAUUGUCGAUUUGGAUAACACCUGCUGGGAAUGAAGAAAUUCUUCGACUCACGCCGGGAGCUCGUGAGCUCGGGGCCUGGUCCGGGAGCCGGCGGAGGGGGCGCCGGUUCCAGCAGCGGAGGCAGCUUCAUCGGCCGGGUUUUUACCCUUGGACGACAUCAAGUGACCAUCGAAGAGAUCGUGGCUGAAGGAGGUUUUGCCAUUGUUUUUUUGGUGCGAACAAAUCAGGGUCAGCGGUGUGCUCUAAAGCGGAUGUAUGUUAACAAUGAGCAUGAUCUUCAAAUCUGCAAAAUGGAGAUACAGAUUAUGCGGGACCUCGUAGGGCACAAAAACAUAGUUGGCUUCCUGGAUUCCAGCAUAGCUGCAGUUGGAGCUGGCGAUGUGUGGGAGGUCCUAAUUCUUAUGGACUUCUGUCGAGGCGGACAGGUGGUCAACCUGAUGAACCAGCGCUUACAGACAGGCUUCACAGAGGCAGAGGUGUUGCAGAUCUUUUGUGACACGUGUGAGGCUGUUGCUCGUCUUCACCAGUCCAAGACUCCAAUCAUUCAUCGAGACCUCAAGGUGGAAAAUAUUCUUCUGCAUGACCAUGGACAUUAUGUGCUGUGUGACUUUGGGAGUGCUACAAACCACUUCCAAAACCCACAGACAGAGGGUGUACCUGUCAUCGAGGAGGAAAUUAAAAAGUACACUACUUUAUCAUAUCGUGCGCCAGAGAUGGUCAACCUCUAUGCUGGUAAAGUCAUCACAACAAAGGCAGAUAUAUGGGCUAUGGGAUGUCUUCUCUAUAAACUAUGCUACUUCACGCUUCCUUUUGGGGAGAGCCAAGUUGCUAUCUGUGAUGGCAGUUUCACCAUUCCAGACAAUUCACGCUACUCCCACGAUAUGCACUGUCUCAUCAGAUAUAUACUGGAACCCGACCCCGACAAGAGGCCAGACAUCUAUCAAGUAUCUUACUUUGCCUUCAAACUGAAUGGACGAGAGUGUCCUGUUCCAAAUUUACAUAAUUCAUCCAUUCCUGCAAAACUACCCGAGCCUAUCAAAGCCAGUGAAGCAGUGGUCAAAAAAAGUCAAACCAAAGCCAGGAUCACAGACCCCAUUCCUACCACCGAAACCUCAAUAGCGCCUCGACAAAGGCCUAAAGCUGGCCAGACUCAACCACAGCCUAUAUCAGGCAUCCUUCCCAUACAAGCAGGUCUGACCCCACGCAAGAGGCCCAAUGUUGCUGCUGCUGCUGCUGCAGCACCCCAGGCCAUAGGUGUAGGUAUUAAUGUCCCAGCUCCAGGUGCCCUCCAGACUUCCCAGCAGGCUCCUGCUGCAGCACAGGCUUCAGUGCGACCAAUGCAAACCACCACCAUUCAGCCUCAGGUCACACCGCGACCUCAGCAGCUCCUCAUGAAACAGCAGCAGCCUUCUGCUUUCGUACACCUACAGAAUGCCCAGCAGAGCUUUGACCACCAAGUCCAGCAUACUGCCACUGUGACACCCACGCUGCUGCAGUACACAGCUAAGCCAUAUUUCCUCGCUCUCACACUGCACCGGCAGCAGCAGCAUGAGGUCCAGGAAAGCCCAGUUCUCCAUCUGACCCCCAUCCCUGAGUGCUCCGUCAUUGGGCCAGAUGCUGAUCCAGAUGUGGCAACUGGAAGAGGGCACAAAGUCGGCUCCCUAACACCCCCAUCGUCCCCGAAAAUGGCAGCCAAAAGUGGUCAUAGACGCAUCCUGAGCGACGUCACUCACAGUGCCAUCUUUGGGGUCCCCAUCAGCAAGUCCACCCAGCUACUGCAGACAGCCGCAGCUGAGGCCAGCCUCAACAAGUCCAAGUCAGCCAGCACGACUCCUUCUGGCUCUCCAUGCUCGUCCCAGCAGACUGUAUAUCACCCAGCUGAUGUGGACACCAGGUCUGCCAAUGUUACACCCAAAACUCAGCCCAGUUGGAACCCCUUUGGCGACGAUAACUUCUCUACGCUAACUGCUGAGGAGCUGCUUAACAAAGACUUUGCAAAACUAGGUGAAACUGCUGCACCAGGGGAGAAGUCCAGAGGUGACACUCUCAUUCACGGGCUCAAUUCAUUUGCAGACUCUUUAAAUGGGAAAGACUCUCUGCUGGGCUGCCAUCUUCUAUCUCAUACUUCUCCUCACGGAAACCAGAAUGUUUCUGCUACUUCUUCCUAUCGGCCCUCUGCUCCUCUUGGCUCCUGCUCCGCAGCCUGCCUGGAGGAGCUGCAGCCUGCUCAGACAGCUGCUGACUCUUCUUUCCUCAUGUCGCAAGGAGAGAAAGGGAAUAGUGACGAGUUUGACCCUAUUCCUGUGCUCAUCUCCAAAACCUCAAACCAAGAUGUGCAGCUGGACAGGAACGGCUACUCUGUACUUGGCGAAGAAGGGUGCGGCAGCGAAACUGUUAGAGACUCUGCAGCAAACGACAUAUGUGUUCACUCCAGUGAUGAAGACCAGGAAAAAGAAACCGGUCAAGAACAGCAGCAGAAUUUCGGGGCUGACGCCGAAGGUCCUACUUCGGCCCAAGACCUCAGCGGCUCCAGACCACUGCUGCUUGACUCUGAGGAGGACGAAGAACACGGAACUCAGCCGAGCUUCCACUCAACACCAGCUUCCUGUGUGGCAUCAUCCGCCACCGUUGCCCAGAAUCAUUCCCAACUUGAUCCCGAACCAGCCAGCGCAGAUGUCUUCUCAAAAGCUCCUUUUUGCCUCACCCAGCAAGGAGCGGGCGACGUGUUCGCCAACGCGCCAUUCCCGAGCGGCCCGUUGGCAGCCCAACAGCAGCCGGACGUGUUCUCCCAGGCUCCGUUUGCGAAAAGAAAGGGGGCCGCACUACCUGCGUACCUUCACGGGGCAGCUCUUGUCCCUGAGCAAGGCACACUUGGACAAAUUGCACCGCAUCCGUUCCGCCCGCAAGAGCUCGCGAAAUAUUCCCGCCACUUUGAGGGAACGGUCGUCCCGCAGAAUGAGGGCUCUUUUCAUGUGAGCAAUCAAAGUUGUGUUCACACUAUUGACCCUUUUGUCUCUGCGCCUUUUCACCUCAAAGCCCCACAGGAAAAGCCAGCGCUGCAGCUGGACUGCAGGACUGCCCCAAAAGUUUUGGGGUGAUGAUGCAAAGACUCUUAGUGGGGGACACGGUGGCUCUUUGAUUCUUCCAUUUCACAAACGAGCAGAGAAAAGCAUGCAUGCAUGCGAGGGCUGCAAACUGCAACCAUUUCUUGAACCACCCAAUCAUUUUGUGCCUAAACCUCAGCAGACCUUAACCAGCACUGUCACAUGGUAUCAAAUGCUUAUUGUAAUGCGUUUGUUAAAAAAAAAAAAAACGCACAUUGUUCACAUUGGCACAAUAACAGCAAGUACUGUACACAAUUGUCAUUUGGGGUUUUGAGACCGUAUGGCACUGCUGCUCCUUUGAAAACCAAAAUGUCCAGUUUUGUUACAUGUUUACAUACCUUUUGUCCCUCCAAUCAGCGUUCAUUCUUUAAAUGACGCAAGUCUCUUGCACUUGGCCAUUGAUAUCAGCAGAGUUGUUGCUUUAAUCAUCUCAAAUUAGUUCCCACUGGAAUUCCUGGACUUCCUUUUCCUGUUCAGUCUUUUUGGUACGGCCUUCUGCAAAAGGACAGCAAGGGUGGUCAAGCAUGUUUUCUUGCCUACCUCACAAUUGCCUCGUUGGUCUUUUUCUUUGAAUUCAAGCUGAUCAUAUUUACAUCUUUUGUCUCUUUGAGGCAGUUUAAGUCACUGACUCGUCUCUGCUGAAAACGAAACACACUGUUAGUGUCCAUUGCAUGUGGCAUAGUUAAGGACUGUUUGUAUACAUGUUAGGAAUAGACUCCAUUGUACGGUAUGUACUAUUACCCGAACAUUGGACAUUAUUCGAUACAUAGUAACAUGCAAUGAAUGUGGUUCUUAUGUCAUUGAAAUACUGUAUCAAGAGCACUUAUUGGUCAGGGAUUGGUAAACUCUUCAUAAAGAUCGGUGGCCUAUUAAAGACAUUCGUUAAGAACUGUUUGCUUGCUGAGCUCUGUCAAGUCACGGAGCACUUUGGUUUUCAUCAUGGCACUUUUUUGUAAUAGCAUCCAAACCGAUUGAACCCAAAGUAGAAUGAAAAUGUUUAUGUGUUGUAAUCUAAAAUGUUCUGUUUUUAUUUCUGUUUGAAUAUAACGCAACUGGAAAGUGUAUUUUGGCGCAUGUUUGAAGCGCAGGUUUCAACAGCUGACUUAUACUGUAAGGACGAAAAAAAGCUUGAAAUACAACACAGCCUGUCUUUUGUUGUCAAGAAAACAAAUUAAAUGAAUGUAAAUCACA